GGAAAUCAAAUAAAGAAAUAUGUUUAGCAGUUCAUUAGCACUUGUGUGUGAAGGAGAGCUACAACAUUGAAACGUAAAUUCGCGUCAUGCUUUGGAUUAGAAGCGAGAAUGGGAGUUCAGUGGCAGAUCGUUGGAGAUGGUGAUCCAUGGACUAACAAACCAAACACGUCUUCCUGUUUGGUGAAAUGAAUCAACGUUGACAACCAAAUGGCAUCGAAUAACAAAGACUCAAUAACCUGGUAUCAGAAAAAGAUCGGAGCUUAUGACCAACAGAUAUGGGAGAGAACCAUAGAGCCACCAAGUGUGAUCAAGGGUUUCAGAAACAAACCAAAAAAGACGGUCUGCUUAAAACCUGACCUGAUUGAUGUUGACUUGAUUAGAGGUUCCACAUUUGGAAAGGCCAAGCCGGAGCGUCCCUGUACCGCACUGACCAGGAAAGGGAUCGUGAGGGUGCUGUUCUUCCCCUUCUUUUUCCACUGGUGGAUACAGGUCACCUCAAAGCACAUCUUCACAUGGCUCCUUCUGCUUUACAUCCUGGAAGUUGUGGCUGUUCUGCUUUAUAUGCAGGCACCUCUGGCAAACACCAGCGAGCUCCUUGGACCCAUGUUCCUUAUGCUUCUUCUGGGAACAGUCCACUGCCAGAUAGUGUCCACCCAGUCCUUCAAAACCCCAGGGACCAACGGGGCCAGACGGAGAAGGAAGCUGCGGAAGUCUGCGAGUGGGGAUGCCUUCAGGGAAGCAGGGGGCCCCAGUGGUGCUGGUAGAAAGCACCGGGGAGGAGGCCCUGCUGAAGCGGCCUCACUGAUCAGUGGUUUUUGCAGAGGCCACUGGGCCUGGUUCUUUUCAAAUGGGACAAGAGCAGGAAAGGUUUCUGGUAAAACAGAAACUGAUGAUAGCCUGGGCUCUCAAGUGAGCAUCAAAUCUGAUCUGAAGGAGUGGAAGCUGGGAGAGAGCAAGAGGCUUUCCACAAAGGAGAAGAGCCAGGGUGGUUCGAGGAGAUCCGCCGCUGGUGCCUCUGAUGAGCUGUCCAGUGAGGAGGACAGCGAGGCCAAGGCCCAGAUGUUCCUGUUGAGGCGCAGUGUGGAAGGAGCCUCGGUUGACGGCUUCUUGAGGAGCAGGACUCCACGUACAAGCCGGGCCUCCCAGGAGAAAUCAAGAGCUCCCAGAUGGGGUCUGGUGGAGUCUGACAGCCCUGCUGACUCGGAGCAGGAAUCUGCAGUGCACAGACCGGAGUACCGGUCCGGUAUGAGCAGCAGCUCCCGCAGUGCAUCCCACCUCGACUCGGAGAGCACGCGCCAGGGAUCAGAGACAGACGACAUGCUGUGGGAGGAGCUUCUCCACGGGCCGCAGUGUCUGUCCUCCUACUCCAGCGGCAGCGAGGGAGAGGGAGAGGGAGAGGGAGAGGGAGAGGGAGAGGGAGAGGGAGAGGGAGAGUGUGUGCCAGAGCAGAGCCUGCCUUCCACCAGCAGGAGGAGCUCCAAGGAGGACGUCUUCCAGCAGAGCCACUUCUUCUGGCUGCAGAACUGCAGCCCCUCCUCAGAGAGAGUGAGCGCCAUUAUUUGGGAAGGGAACGAGUGUAAGAAAGCAGACCUGUCUGUGCUGGAGAUCACUGGGAUUAUCAUGAAUAGGGUCAAUGAGUUUGAGCAGGGGAAGGGAUACCAGAUGUUGGGGAACAUGGUGACGGGGGUCCUGGCUUUGCUUCCCUUCCUUUUCCGCAUCGCUCUCCACCUGGACCUGGACAAACUGACGUCUCUGUCGGCCACGGAGCUGCUGUCUGUGUGCUGCGGAGUGAGCCCUGAUAAACGAGUCUGCCUCCUGUGCUUUAUUAACUUCAUCGAGCGCCUGUGCUUGACCUGGCUGUUCUUUUUCAUGAUGCGCGUGGCUGAGAGAACCUAUAAGCAGCGUUUUCUUUCUGCCAAACUCUUUAGUCAUCUGACAUCCGCUCGUAAGGCCAAGAAGUUGGAGAUCCCUCAUUUUCGACUCAAGAAGGUGAAGAACAUUCAAAUCUGGCUGUCUCUCCGCUCAUACCUAAAGAGGCGAGGACCCCAGCGCUCUGUUGAUGUGAUCGUGUCCUCCAUUUUCCUGUUGGCUCUUUCCAUUGCUUUCAUCUGCUGUACUCAGCUUCUUCAUGGCCAUGACACCUUCCUUGAUUACAUCUACAACUGGGAGCUGCUCAUCUGGGGAGCCGCGCUCAUCACCUUCCUGCUGCGUCUAGCGACCCUGGGAUCAGAAACCAAUAAGAAAUACAGCAACGUGUCUGUCCUACUGACUGAACAGAUUAAUUUAUACCUUAAGAUGGAGAAGAAACCCAACAAGAAAGAUCAGCUGAAUGUUGUGAACAACGUUCUGAAACUAGCUACAAAACUCAUGAAAGAACUGGAUACCCCCUUCAGGCUCUAUGGACUGACAGUGAACCCUCUCAUCUACAACAUCACCCGUGUGGUUAUUCUGUCUGCAGUGUCAGGGGUUAUAAGUGAGCUGCUCGGGUUUAACAUCAGAUUGUGGAAGAUAAAGCCUUGAUGUGAAACUGCAAAUAAAUUCAUCACUGACUGCCUUAGGGACCCGAGUUACUUUCACCAUUCAUAUCUAUGUGAUUGUCUAAUGCUCACACACAUCUGUGAAGCUGGCAUUUGUUGAAAUGUUUAUUCUGCCCACCAGCAAACCAUAUGGAAGUGAGAGUUCAUUGGUUGACAACACAGCAGCUCUGCAUUAUACGUGUCCACUCCAAUGUACAAUGUCGUCAUGCCCAGGUGGUUUCUGUGGAAAUAAAAACCAUGGAACGAAUGCUAUGACGAUUAUUGAUAUAUUCUUUUUAUUGUAUAUAAUAUUUAGCUCCCGGAUCCCUAUUAUCUCAGGUACACCUGUAGGUGUAAUAUGUAGCAAAGAGGAUCUUGUUUUAAUAGUUGUAACCUGUGCUGUUCUAAUCGUUACCCGUACAGUGCUGGUAGACUACUCAAGCCCAAUCAGGAGACAGUGGCCACUACAAACUCAUACACAUCUGAGAGAAAUACUGCUGUAUUACAUGACCUUUUAUUCUAAAUCUGCUUGUGCUUGUGCCUGUGUUCAGCUGACCUGCUCAAUGUGGUACCUUAAUGAAAUUGCAGCAUGUAGUGUUUGAGAGGAGUCAAAAUGGUGCUCUUGUUAAUUCAAGGUACGUUAUUGAAAAAAUACACUUUGAGAAGUCUUAUCUGUUGUAGAAAAGAUUCUACAGACAUGCCAGGUUUGACACGGCCCGCCACUACUUUCUGUAGAGAAUCACGACUUGUAAAAUGUUUCCUUACAUUUAAUCAAAAAGGUUAGCAGCGGAUAGUCACCACAAUGCUCUGCCUGUAGCAUCACCUUCAGGAAAUGAUUGAACCAAGGGCUGAUCAAACUCUGUCCAUUUUUCAAAGUUCAGAAGGGUUAACGUACCUCUAAUUGAAAUUGAGACAUGCUGACAAUGCUGCUGUGAUACAAUCCCACUGCACUUCAUGUAAAAUAAUCACUAAAAGCAAUGUACAUGACAUUAAAAUGUGGAUGUGCUAGAUAUGUUAUGCAUAAAUUUGCAUAAAUGCAAUUUUGUUGGAUGCUGGUUCAGAAUAAAUGAUUGCAUUUGUUAUUUCUGCCCAUUUUUUAAUGAUGUGGUUAAAAAGUGUUGACAGACUUCCCCAUUGUAUUAUUAUCAAGCCUGUUAACAUGUUGGCUAUGAGAAUCAUGGCAACAUUUAAACACAGCUCAUUUAUAGUUUACGGGUUCAGAA